UACCGCCGGGCCGGAACUGACUGACGUUGGACCGCAGCCUCUUUUGCUUUGAGUCACUGUUCUCCAUUUUCUUGCACCCGAACGGUAACCGUAGGCAAGAAUAGAAAACAUCAACUGCAGAAAAAAUGAAUGAAGAAUACGAUGUCAUCGUGCUGGGGACCGGACUUACGGAAUGCAUCCUGUCUGGUAUCAUGUCGGUGAAGGGCAAGAAGGUGCUGCACAUGGACCGGAACUCGUACUACGGUGCGGAGAGUGCCUCCAUCACCCCGCUGGAGGACCUGUACAAGCGCUUCAGUAUCCCAGGAAGCCCCCCUGAGUCUAUGGGGAAGGGUCGGGACUGGAAUGUGGACCUUAUCCCCAAGUUUCUCAUGGCCAAUGGUCAGCUGGUGCGAAUGCUGCUGAUAACACAGGUGACGCGGUACCUGGACUUCAAGGUGAUCGAGGGCAGCUUUGUCUAUAAGAAGGGUAGCAUCUACAAGGUGCCCUCCACCGAGGCAGAAGCACUAGCCUCCAGUCUGAUGGGGCUCUUUGAGAAGCGGAGGUUCAGGAAGUUCUUGGUGUUUGUUGCCAAUUUCGAUGAAAGUGACCCGAAAACGAUGGAGGGUGUCGACCCAGCGAAGACGACCAUGCGAGAUGUUUAUAAGAAGUUUGACCUGGGUCAGGAUGUCAUCGACUUCACUGGCCAUGCCCUGGCCCUCUACAGGACAGACGACUAUCUGGACCAGCCGUGCCUAGACACAAUAAACAGGAUCAAGCUGUACAGUGAAUCCCUGGCCAGAUACGGCAAGAGCCCAUACCUCUACCCACUUUAUGGCCUGGGGGAGCUGCCCCAGGGUUUUGCCAGACUAAGUGCCAUUUAUGGAGGGACCUACAUGUUGAACAAGCCCAUAGAGGAGAUUGUCAUGGAGAAUGGGCGGGUUGUGGGCGUGAAAUCCGAGGGCGAGAUUGCUCGCUGUAAGCAACUGAUUUGUGACCCGAGCUACAUCAUGGACAAAGUGAGCAAGGUGGGUCAGGUGAUCCGUGUCAUCUGCAUCAUGAACCAUCCCAUUAAGAAUACCAGCGAUGCCAACUCCUGCCAGAUCAUCAUCCCCCAGAACCAAGUCAACAGGAAGCAUGAUAUCUACGUGUGCAUGAUCUCCUAUGCUCACAACGUGGCCGCACAGGGAAAGUAUGUGGCCAUAGUCAGCACCACAGUGGAGACUGGAGAUCCUGAGAAGGAGAUCAAACCAGCCCUGGACCUUCUGGAGCCUGUGGAGCAGAAGUUUGUGAGCAUCAGUGAUCAGUAUAAGGCAACUGACAUGGGUGCCGAAAGCCAGGUCUUCAUCUCCCGUUCGUAUGAUGCCACCACACACUUCGAGACAACCUGCGAUGACAUCAAGGACAUCUACAAGCGCAUGACGGGCACAGAAUUCGACUUUGCCGAAAUGGAACGCAAGAAGAACGACAUCUUUGGCGAUGCCGGUGACCAGUAGUGGAAUGGAGAGCUGUCGCCCAAUUUAGCAGAUAUCUAAAACGCAACCUUACACAGUGCUGGCUCGUGAUCCACAUAUAUGUUUUGCCCAUUAUGGAAGCUGAGGAUGUUGGUAUUCUUUAUAUCAGGGCUGGGGGCUGCUUUUUAUAAUUACACUUUGACAAGCAUCGGGCUGUCUUUCUUUUCCAGCAUAAUGUAACCAUUUUUUUUUUCCCCAAGAAAAAAUGUUCCGUCAAUAUGCCAAAAUGAUUAGUUUUACCCAAAUGGUUAUGGAGAGGAUUAUUCAGCACUAAUAAAUAGUAUUUUUACAUUUGGUAAAUUCUGUACAAAACAAAUAAAAGCGGCCAGGUGUAUACAUGAAGGUGCUGGGGGGUAAUUUUGAGGAAAUCUGUUUGGGAGCUUCACCAGUACUAUGAAGAAAUCAGGCAGAAUUGUUAGCUCUCUGUGUUUUUCCUGCCAAGACCUGGUCUGACGUGCUGGCCGUAAAAUGUAAGAGUGACACUGAAGCUCCACGUCGAUGUGGGAACUUAGAGCAGUGGAGAGUAAAUCGUCUGAAAUGCUCAUUGGGGUGGCUGGCUGGGCAAGCAGCUUCUACAGCUUUCAACCAAGGACCAAACUGUUGCAGUCAGUCCUGUAUGAGCCCUUAAUAUGAAAAUAAAUAUGAA